UGUGAAGUGUGACUGAAAAUGCUUUCCCAUUCUACGUGUCUAAUUUUAUUGCUGACAGCAGGUGUCUGCCUGGCCCUCCCAGCCGGAGACGAUGCCCAGGCGGAGACCCUGAAGCUGGAGAGCGAGAACAAUGGCGUGGACAAGUAUUCCUUCGCCUACGAGACCAGCAAUGGCAUCUCACGGACUGAGGAGGGCGUUGUAAAGCCCGGCGCCACCGAGGAUGAUGGCGCGAUCUCUGUGACGGGCACCACCAGCUGGUCGGCCCCUGAUGGCAAGAAAUACGAGAUUAGCUUCACGGCCGACGAGACUGGCUAUCAUCCAAAGUUCCGACUGGUGGCCUAGGAUUAGGACUUGCUGUAGCCAUCGCUAGUUUAAGCUGAAUAAAGCGAGCAUUCCCAAAAACCCAAAAA